AAGGCUGUCUCCACCCACCUCGCACACUCUGCCGUCUCCUUUAAAAGCCGAAGCAGCUGAAAGGGUGGUAACUUCUCCUCCCGCCAGCCUGGGCUCUCGGCCCCGCCAAGCUCCCGGGCCCAGCCCAGCCCAGCCCUGAGCCCAGCCCAGCCUAGCUCCGGCCACCUCGCCUUUCCCGGCUCCCUACGGGGAGGGAUCCCCUUCACGCCCGCACAACGCUGCAGGACCUCACUGAUUUGCUAUUCGAAAAGAAUUGGGUUUUCCUCGCAAAAUAAAAAGAGCCCAGGCCGGCGUGCAGGGGCGAAGCCAGCCGGGGGCCGCCGCAGCACAGCGCAGCGCAGCGCAGCCCAGCCCGGCGCUCGCCGGAGCCGCCCGGACUAGGAGCAGCAAACGGCACGCGGGCACCGAGUCCACCUGUGCCCGCCCGAGGGAGCGUCCCGACAGAGGCGCAGCGAGGCUCCGACUCCCCCAACCGGGACCUCGGCUCCUCCAAGCCCCCAAGGCUGCAACCCGGCUCCGAGUGCCGCCCAACCUAGUCCAAAGGCGCAGGGGGGUGCCAAGGAAGGGGACUGGCCGCUGGGGAACACCCAACUUUGGAAAAGUUUCCGGGGGGCUCUGGCCCGUCGAUUUCCCCCCUCUCCAAACGCAGGCUCUGUGAGGUUUUUGCCCCUGUCCCCCCCGCCCCAAAUCCUGCGGUUAAUCUAAGCCUGGGGGACAGGAGAUUUGUCCUCCCCUGCCUGUCUCGGAGACUUCCCACAGGCGUGCCCUUUUACCAGGGGUCGGGAGAACCAGAGCCCGCGGCCUUUCGCAAACAGCCCCCUACUCUCUCCCCACCCACACCCGGGGGGACGGUGGAUGCGCGCUCCGGCUCGGGAUCCGCCCGGGUAGCGCCCCCAGGCCGCCCCGAGCGCCGGCGCCGGCGGCUGCAGGAGAAGUACACCGCCAAAGCUGCCCCAGGCUCGCCGGGAGCCCCGGGGGCCAUGCGGGUGAGUGGUCCCGGGGGCGGCGGCGGCAUCAGCGGGAAGAGCCCCAGCGCCUGAGCCGGUGGGAGCCAACGCGAGCCGAACCGAGCGCUAGCGCGCACACCCUGGCCUGGAAGAGGGCACGGAGGCGCCCUCCGCUCCGCCCCAGUGUCCGGAGCCCCGCGGGGCCGGCGGCGUCGGGAUGAAUUACUGGGCGCUGCUCCUGUCUCUCUGCUACCUGCGGCUGGUCAGCACCGAGGGGGACCCCAUUCCAGAGGAGAUCUAUGAGCUGCUCAGUCAGCCCUCGCUGCGCUCCAUCAGUGACCUCCAGCACCUGCUUCGGAUAGACUCCGUAGAGGAAGAUGUGGCAGAAGUGGAGCUGAAUUUGACUCGGGUGAAUUUCCCGAGCGAGCCGGUAGUCCUCUCCCGGGAAAGGAGGAACUUAGCUGCAGUGACUGUGGCUGAGCCAGCCAUGAUUGCUGAGUGCAAGACGAGGACCGAGGUGUUUGAGAUCUCCCGGCGCCUCAUCGACCGCACCAACGCCAACUUCCUGGUGUGGCCGCCUUGCGUGGAGGUGCAGCGCUGUUCCGGCUGCUGCAACAACCGCAAUGUCCAGUGCCGCCCUACCCAGGUGCAGCUGCGCCACGUACAGGUCAGGAAGAUUGAAAUUGUACGGAAGAAGCCAACCUUUAAGAAGGCAACAGUGACCUUGGAGGACCACUUGGCCUGCAAGUGUGAAACCAUAGUAGCUCCUCGGAGCUCUGGGAGCCCCCAGGGACACAGAGGUGGACCCACCCCAAACAAGGUGACAGUGCGGAGGGUUCGGAUACGGCGGCCGCCCAAAGGGAAGCACCGAAAGUUCAAGCACACCCAUGACAAGACGGCCCUGAAGGAGAGCCUCGGAGCAUAGGGGCACCCUCCAGGGAGAGCAUGAUGGGCAGGUUUAUUUAAUGUAUUUCUUGUAUUGCCCCCAUGGGGUUCUUGGAGUGAGAAUAUCGUUCUUGUCCGUCCGUCUCGGAUGGCAAAUGGUGCUUCCCCCGCCCCACGGCCCGCAGUGGAUCUCCUGUCCCUCCCAGCUCGGCGGCACCCCGGCUCGCACCCUUCGCGUCCAGCAGCGCCUGGGCCCGGCAAAGGCCCUGCACCCCGACCCCCACCCUCCCCACUGGCAGUGAAGGUCCUGGUGGAGAGCAAAGGGAGAACAGGGCACCUUCGGCGAGAGGGGCCUCUCCAUUUCCUCCUGGAGGCCUGGCCCGGGUGACGGACGGGACACCCCCGGUGGGGGCCCGCAAGCAUCGGACCACCAGGCCAGAUUUGGCCCCCGAGGAGUGUCGGCUCGAGGGUCCCGGCUGCAGGCAAGAACCUUCUUCCCGGCCAGCACCCGGGGAGCGGCACUGAGCUGGACGAGGCCGUCGCUCCCCGCGCCCUGCCCAUCCCCUGCUCGCUUAUUUCACUUUUUAUGCACAUAGUUUCUUCUGAAGCGGGUUUUGCCGAGGGAGAGCAGCCCGGGGCCGAUAGUGCCAAUGGGGGGCUCGCCUCCUGCUCCUCAGAGCACCGUCUCAGGUGGGCUGGAGACUGUCCUGUUGAGGGAAGCGGGGCCCAGUCUGCUUAUUUCCUUGUCCUGCCUUUCAUCACUCCCCGUCCCCUCCUCCCUUCUUCCCUGUCAUUUUCCUACACUAAGCUCAGCCCCCACAAGAACCCAGGGGGGAAUGGGGGGAGCAAAGGCAUCCUGAAGGCCCAGACUCCUUAAGCAUGUAUGGCACAAUGGAGUCUGGACUCGGGCUUCUGCCAUUAUCAUGUCCGCCCCCAUCCUCAUCCCAACCCUGUGCCCUUAGUCAAGUCCUUUCCCUCUCCAGGCCUCAGUUUCCCCAUCUGUAAGAUGAAGGGGUUGGAGUAGAUGAUCUCUAAGGUUCCUUCAACUCUCAAAAAAAUCUAAUGAUCCUAAGUACAGUCCGCCCCAGAGCCUUCUUGGCUCUACCUAUUUGAGCCUCCUUUGGGGGCCCCCUAAGGAAGGGCACCUUGGGAAAGAAGAAGGUCCAAAAGGGAUCUCACUUGCAGUUCCCAGAGGCUUCGGAGCCUUGGAGGAAACCACCCCUCUGGCUUCUCCCAGGGCCAGCUUUCUGGGUCUCUCGGGGGGAAGGAAGGGGUUGGGAUGGCUCGUUUGGGGGUCCCCAGGCUUCCCUUCCCACCUUCUGCAGCUCUUCCCUACUCUGAAAUCCGCUUCCUUCAGUUUGUAAAGUUGGUGAUUAUAUUUUUUUUGGCUUUUCUUUUAUUUUUUAAAUGUAAAAUUAAUUUAUAUUCUGUAUUUAAAGUAAAAAAACCAAACCAUAUGAAACAAAAGCAAAUGAA